AUGAUCGUCAACUCAGAGUCUUCCCUUCCCUAUCCUCCCUUUGUUGACAUCGAGGGAGUGAUAAAUAUGCGCUCUGUUGGUGGGUACGCCACUAGCACCGGAGGCGUUGCGAAACCCAAUAUUAUAUAUCGCUCCGGCGAUAUUUCGAGUAUCACGGAGAGAGGGAGAGGGCAGUUUUCGGCGCUGGGAGUUCAUGUUGUGUUUGAUUUCCGUGCGGAUAGCGAGAUCAAAGACUACGACUCUGCAACGCCUGCUAUGGAAGGGGUUAAAAUUAUCAGAGCUCCUGCGGGAAUCCAAAACGCGUUUGACCCUGCAAGUAUUGCUAUUCGGUUGAAGAAAUGGCAAAUUGAUGAACUUCAAGCAUUCUUGAACACCUAUGAGGAGAUUCUGGACACUGCAACUGAAGCAUUCAGAACAGUUUUCAUUCACCUAAGAGACCAUCCAGAUCAACCUUGUCUAAUUCACUGCACCGCUGGAAAAGAUCGAACAGGAAUGUUCGUCACUCUCCUGUUGAUGGUCUUGGGUGUUGAGGAUCGUUAUAUUAUCGACGAAUAUGCCUUGACCACUGUUGGACUUGCUCCGUCAAUGCCCCAUUUACUUCACAAGCUCCAGAAAAUGCCCGUUUUUCGCGACAAUUGGGAAGGAUUACUCAACAUGGGGUCAUCAAAGCCCGAAACAAUGGUGGCGACUCUCCGGCUUAUUCGCGCAAAAUACGACGGAGCGGAGGGAUAUUUGAAAACGCAGUUAAAUUUGGAUGAUGAAGAUAUUGAGAAGAUUCGGGGGAACUAUCUUGUUUGA